UCUACAGCUGCAGGUACUGAGGCCUAUUAGACCUGCAAUUCUGACACGUGUUAAAUAGAAUUUCUCUGUUUGGAAGCCGUACAUCAGGGUGAGCAGCACCCUUGUGAUGCAGGAACCGACAGCACUGGAGUGUUCCAACGGAAAGGUUGUGAUGUGGGAACCGACAACGGUGCCCUGGAAGUGGCGCUCUGGAAUCUGCUCAUUCUGCCUGCUCUUAUCCCAAGGAGAGGGAGCUAGAGGAGCAGCAGGAGCCUCAGCAUGGUGCUGGUCUCGGGGUUGUGCAAAGCCCUGCGGCAGCAGAAGGGCCGGGGCAAGAACCCGGCACCGCGGCCUCGGGCCAGGCGCCAUCCAGAGGAGCCGAGCCAGGCACUGGAGUUUGCCCGCAGUGUCGGCGCCCUCGUGCUGGGCCUGGCUCUGGCCAGCAUUUAUGGGGCACUGGUGCUGCUGGUGCAGGGCCACGAUGUCUGGUACUGCCUGUGCAUCACCAUCAUCCUGGGAGCAGGGCUGGGGCUGGGCAUGGCCUUCUCCAGGAACACGCGGAUGAUCGUGCUGCUGGCACUGCCACACUUCUUCACCAGGGAGGGGAAGAUUCUGAUCGUGAUGCUGGCGCUGUGCAUGACCGUGCAGGGCCCUGGCACCAAUGUCCUGAACAACGUCUCCCAGCUCGCCAAGGCGCUGUCAUGUGGGGCUGAACUGGCCCAAAACCAGACGGCCGAGCGGCUGGAACGCGCCAAGGAGCCACUGCUGAACCUGCAGAACAAGAUCAAGGACAUUGGCCAGAAUGCCAAGGUGGUGAGCGACCGCGUCCGCAAGUUCGUCCGCUCCAUCAUGGGCUCCACCAGACACAUCGCCCGGAUCCUGCACAACGUCUGGCUGUGGCUGUCGAAGGUCGGUGACGUCUGCAACAAGGAGCUGGGGUCACCCUACCAGAGCUGCGUUCGCGCCAUCGAAAAGGCCAAGGACGACUGCGAGCGCGCCCUCCCCCUCCUCUUCUUCAUCUGCUACGUCGUCCUCAAGUGGCUCUGCAACGUGGCUGAUGUUGUUGCCGGCUUAUUCUGCAUCAUCCCACAGUAUAUCCAGGAGUUCGUCCGGGCAAACGUCGCAGCCCCCAUCACGGACGCUCUGAACCACAUCCGCCGGGAGUUUGAGUUCAACAUCUCGGUCGUGCACCACUUCAACGUCAGCCUCAACGCCAGCAAGAGCCUGGGGCAGGUGUCCCGGGACAUAAUGGAGGCCGUGCAGCUCCACCUGGAGCCCUACCACCACGGCCUGGAGGUCUUCUCCUACAUCUCCUUCUGGGCCAUCCUCUACUUGUGCUUCCACGCGAUGUGGUACCGGCGCCGCUACCUGUGGGACGACACCUUCGACAACGUCUACAUCACGCGGCGCUUCGUGGAGCUGGACCUGCGGCGGGCGGAGCAGGGCAGACCCACCGUGCUGCCCCUGACGGCGCGGGAGAGGGGCCGCUACAUCCCCCCAGCCGCGCUGUGGCUGUCAAAGAAAGAGAGGCGGCAGUAUGGCAUUCAGCUGAUGGGCUUGCUGCGCCACGUGCUGCUGGGCUUCAGCAUCAUCCUGGCCGACUACAGCAUCUUCUGGCUGCUUGACCUGUUCCGGCACCAGCUGAGCGCGGAGAUCGUUGCCAGGGCGCCAUCGACAGUGGCUGUCAGCGUCAACGGGACGGGCUACACCAGCGAGAUCUUCCAGGAUCUGGUGUCUGCCUUCAACGCGCUGCAGGAGGGCAAGGUCUCGGUGCUGUCCCAGGCCUGCCUCAUCGAGCCCAUGGAACCCGACCACAACACCUACAUUACCAUCGGAAUCCUGUACGGUCUCUGGCUUUUCAUCACCAUCUUUGGCUCCUACAUGGCACGCCUGCGCCAGGCAGUGUGUGCCGCCUACUACCCGUCCCGUGAGCAGGAGCGCAUGAUCUUCCUCCACAACAUCAUCCUGGCACGGCGGGAGUGGAUGGCACUUGCCCUGCGCUCAAGUGGCACACAGAGCACGGAUGAUGGUAGGAAAAGCAAACUCUUCUUCAUCCUCAUCUCCAGGUUCCCUGUCCUUGCCCGCCUCUCUCGCUUCUUUGGCAUCCAGCAGAAACACUGCCUGGCCUGUGGGGCGGUGGAGCAGCCGGGUUUCAGCGCCUGCAUCACGCCCAGCUGCAGAGGGUUGUAUUGCAGGGAGUGCUCCAGAGCCCUGAACAACACCUGCUCUGUCUGCAUGGCCACCCUCAACUACCCGGACUCUGUGGACGAGGAGAUGGACUCCAGCGAUGAGGAGAUGCUUGACUACAAGGAGCAGGCUGAGAGCAAGGACAGCGAGCUGCGGGAGGUGGUGGCUCGGUGGCCACCCAGCCCUUCCCACCGUGUUCCCGUUCCAUCAGGGAACGUGACAGAACGUGGAGAACGCCAUGACAGUACUGGUGUUGGUUCUAGGGCAGCAUCCCACCAUUCUCAGCUCCAGGAAGAGCCCUCGGCUGGGACAGAGACACGCAGGAGGAAGAAACGUCCCAACACAACCCUGAAGCGAGUGGUGGUCGCGGUCCUGCCCGGCCCGUGCAGCCGGUUCCUCUGGAGCCGGCCGGCCGAGCACCGCUGCAGCAAGAUCUUCCUGGGCGCUGGCUUCGGGAUGCUCCUCAGCCUCGGACUCUGCCAGCUGCUCAUCAUGCCUCUGGACCUGUCGGAGUCAUACAGGGUGAAGCUUACCUGGGGGCUGACGGGGGUGACUGCCUUGGGCUGGGCCACAUCCCCCCACUUCCGCUGUGCCAACCUGCUCAUGGUCCCCAAGUUCCUGGGCAAAGAGGGUCGGCUUUACGUUCUCUCCUUUGUCUUCGCCGCCAUCUACCACGGGCCCGUGGCCAACCUCUGGCACAACCUGAUGGAGGCGAAACGCUCGAUGGACUGCGUGGUGGAUCUUCAGGUCAACCACAACCUCUCACGCGCCUUCGUGGAGCUGAACGACCAGGUGGCCAGCGAUGAGGGCUACAACCUGCGGCAGGACAAGGACAAGGGCACCCAGCCGGCCCGCAGCACCCAGGAGCUGUACGAGAGGAAGACCAAACACCGCUGUGCCGCUGUGCUUGAGAGUGGUCGUCAGCGCUGCUUAGACUAUUUCAAACAGCUGCACAGGAGCUGCCUGGAAAAAGUGUCCGUGCCCCUCAUCAACCACGUCCUCUGCAUGCCCAUACGGAUCGGGGUCCUCUGCCAAGCAGUCAAACUCAUGAGCUCCUGGUGCGAGGAGAGGAUCCCUGUGGACAGCAACUUCGGGAAGGUGUUUGACCAGGUGAAUGACUCUGUCCAAAGCCUCGGCCAGGAAUUCACUGCCAGCAUCGUCUACAAGGAGGAGCACCAGGAGAUGUUGGUGGGCAUCAACAUAGUGGAGCAGCUGCAGGAGGAGGUGACCUCGCAACUGCGGGAGGAAGGCGCCCGCCUGGGCUUGGCCGUCUCCUUCUUCCGCCUGUUGCUGUCCUUCACCUUCCUCUUCGUCUUCUUCUCGGCUUUCUACUACACCUACCGGUACUGCCACGACAUCGGCUUCGACAACUGCUACAUCACCACCUACUUCCGACAAAUCGAUGCCCGGCGUGGAGAGCAGAACAAGCGGACGCUGCUGCCCCUGCUCCGGUACGAGGCCUCGGCUUUCGUCUUCCCGUGCCGCCUGGCCCUGCAGCGGCCUGAGCUGAAGUACAUGGUGAUGGAACUGCUCAGGUGCAUCCCGCUCCUGCUCUUCCUCAUCUUCGUCUGUGGCCUGGACCACUUCAUCUUCGGCGUCCUCAGCAUCAUCCAGAACCACUCCUUUGUGCAGUAUUCCUACCAAACCAGCCACCACAUGUCCGUGACCGUGAUGGGCACGUCCCUGAUGGCACGGCUGCUGCGGAGCACCAUCGGGGCCCUCAACACCUCCGUCGACACCCAAGUGGAGACCUCCAACCGCGCCUGCCUGCCAAAGCCCCACGGCAUGACGAGGGAGCAGUACCUGAACACUUGCCUGCCCCUGGUCGCGCUGGCCCUGCUCUGCCUGGCCCAGGUCUACCCGUUCCGCCUGCGCCGCGCCAUCGCCGCCUUCUACUUCCCCAAGCGGGAGAAGACUCGAGUGCUGUUCUUGUACAACAAGUUGCUGCGGCAAAGGAAGAAUUUCUUCCAGCUGCAGCGGAGGCGCAUCGCCCGGAGAGCACGGCAGCCCCCGGGGCUGGGGACGUCGCUGCUGGAGUGGUGCAGCCAGCAUUGGCCUUGGCUGCGCCGCUGCCAGCGCCGGAGCUGCACAUUGUGUGGGACGCCCGGCACCCCCUGGCACCAGGUCUGCCCCGCUCCCGACUGCCGUGCCUUGUACUGCGACCGGUGCUGGACGGAGGCGGGCGGGACGUGCCUCGCCUGCAGCCCCGAGGAGCCCGGGCUCGUCCAGGACAGCAGCGAGGAGGAGGAGGAGCCGGGGUACGCGGGAUGA